AUGGGAAAGAAGGAUAGGCCUAAAACUUAUAUCACUCCAAUUCAUCUUCAAAUAGAUAUUUUGUAUCGCCAAGCCUAUUGUUGCAUACAUCCCCUUCUCAGCUGCAAGAAUGAGGUUGAAAGAGAGGUUAUUUACUCAACAUGCCGUCGUUGUGUAAGGCAACUGCUUCUCCUUGCUAAAAAAUCUCGUGUGCGGCUUUCUCCUGUGAUGCGUCGUUCAAUUUGUCGUGGAUGUCAUUUAAUUCUCGAUUCCAGAGUUACGAGUCGUCUUAAAAUGCAUAAUUCAGGACUCAUUAACCUUACCAACGAUCUUUUACACUUAGAAGCAAUGCUCAGAAGCCUUCUUUGUCGUGUUCCUAAAAGGUUCAAUUCUUCAACGCCUACCUUUGACACGAAACAUCUUGAUGUUUUGGUUUGCCCUAUAAGCAAGGGACCCUUAACCUAUGACAGUGAGAAGCAACUGCUAAUCAAUAAAGAACUCAAAAUUGCCUACAAGAUCAUUGACGGAAUCCCGAAUCUCAUUCCAGAAGAUGCCUUGACGGAGUUCUGA